ACGCGGCUUACUUUAGGGUUGCCAGUCGAAUUUAGCCGAAAUAACCCGAAAAACCUUCAUCGGUGGUGCUUCUAGAGGGCGAGGGGAAGGUAACUGGAGAGGCAAGAGAGAAGAGAGCAGCGGAUUCAGGCUACAAUCCUUCUCCAAGUCUACUUAGUUACAGGAAACUCCUGCUCCAUCAGCAACUUGGUAGUUGGGGUUGUUCCCCUUGGUGUUCACAGAUGUAACAUACAUGCUUCUAAGUCAUUUCCAUGUCUUUGCACUUAGGCAAUCUAUCAGCCCAUGUUCAUAGAGAUGAACUUGAACGUGUUUUUAGGAGGUACGGGCGGUGUAAUGUGCAGCUGAAAGAUGGUUAUGGGUUUGUGGUUUAUGACUUCCCUUCAAAUGCAGAGAAAGCUUUGAGAAUCCUUCGGGGAAAGAACAUCUGUGGGGAACCAAUUACUCUUUCAUGGUCAAAUAGACAGCCUAGACCCUUGCAGAGAUUUGCAAGAGGUAACAGGUUCAAUGACAUGCAACGUGGAAGAAGAGGAGAAGAUUAUGUUAAUCGAAUGUUGAGUGUGAAAGCUCGACGAGAUUACAAAGUUGGUUUCACCCAUCAAGAUACUGAUGGUGGAAGGUUUAAUCCUCCUGACACGGUUGAUGAAGGGACGAGCUAUGGUCAAAAAGAUAUUAAAGAAGUUGUAGAUGAGAAACCAUACAACUUUAGGGAAGAUUUACUUUAUGAAGGUAAUAUUGUUCAAAAGGAUAUCAUGGACAAUGACAGAUGGGGGGAGAGAGUCAGUGCCCCAUCAAAUGAAAUUGGGUUUGAAGCUGGGCUGGAAUUCGACCGCUAUGAACCAUACCGUGAUGAUGAUGAUGAGAGGAGGGAUGAUGAUGGAAAACAACUACUGACACAUUCAGGUAGUUCACCAACAUUCAGGAAAUCUCAAGAUAAAGCAGGGAGAGAGCAAAUAGGAGCUCUGAGUCUGAACCAUCCUGAUGGUCCAAAAUCUCACCAGGCUUGCUACAUUUGUGGGCAAUUGGGUCACAAAAUGCGUAGCUGUCCUAGGGAAAAUGCAUCUCGGAGAAAUAAGUUAAGGACAUUUGAUUACAGGCAUGACAACAACAUCAACUUUGGAGAUACAAAUCAAGGUGAUAUUAAAGGGCCUGCAUCUAAGUCCCAGGGAAGGCUGCACUUAGGUGGAGAUGCUGUAUCUAUGAGGCAACGCGAGAAUGAUAGAAAGGCAUCUAGAUCAAGGCAACACCAUAGGUUGUUAAGAAGUGGUAAUUCCAAGUUAACAGAAGAAAGACCUAGAAGAUCAUCGAGAAAGGACUAUCUAGAGAAGAAACGGAGGAGAGAGAAUGGGUCUGCAGAGAGACAUUCAUCAAAGAAACCGAGGGGUUUGGUGUCAUCAUCCAUUCACUCUGAUUAUACCAUGUCUAGAUCACGUUUGUGUUCGGAAUCUUCUAGGUCAAGUUCUCCUUCAAACUCAAGAUCACUUUCUUCUGGAACACGCUCACAAUCUUAUAGGUCAAGAUGUGAAUCAUUGUCCCAAUAUUCUAGAUCUGAAAGUUCUAAGUCCAGGGCAAGAUCAAGGUCUAGCUCUCCUACAUCAUUGUCUCUAUCUGUAUCCCUAGGGAGGCCUUUACCAACCUCUCCAAAUAAGAUGCAGAUGAAUCAGAAGGACUCAUUGGUACAUGCCACUUGUCCACAAACCAAAGAGACUUCGGUUGAUGCCCAAUUGGCAGAUGGGGAUGCUGGAUCAGACAAUUCUAAACUUGAAAACAUGACAAUUAUUUGGGACAAUAGUAAUUCAAUGGCACCGUUCACAGUAGAGGAGGAUAUAGAGAAGGGCCACCCUCCCCGGAGUAGUGAUGAAGACAAUUGUGCCAUCACCAAGGUUUCAUCAGGGAUGAAGAAUACUUGUGUCUCACUGUUAGAGAAUGAUGAUACAACUAUUAAGAGUCUGCCCCAACAAAGUCCAGAAGGGAUCGACGACAUUCAGAAUUCUGAUGUUGUUAUGGAACAAAUGCUUGCACCAGCUAAGAGGACAGAUUCAGAAGCCCUCUUACCUGAAGAUUUUUCUGCCUCAAGGAAGAAGCUAGAUGCAGAAGCCUCUGGAAGCUCCUGUGCUAAUACUAGAGACAUCUCUUCUGAGGAGUUAUAUACGGUUCUGAAACAUUAUGGCCUGGAUCACCCAGAAGAGAAAGAAAAAGAUUUACCUGCAGGGGAAUAUUUUGGCAGUGCUCGUUUUUGGCCUUGGGAGAUCAUUUAUUAUAGGAGGCUUAGGAAGGGCCCUAUUUCGACUGAGAAUUAUGCCCGGAGGAUUGCUCAGAAUCAAGAGUUUGGUAUUGUUGAUAAGUAUAUAAGAAGCAGCAGUGGUUGGGGAGAAUUCAACCCAGAUAACUUUUGAAUGGUUUCAUAUUCUCACCUGCAACUCAUCUGUUUUUUCUGUAGAACCUUGUUUCAUUCAGCCAGGGUACUAGUGCAGUUUGCUGUUUACAUGUGAUCUUCCUUCAAGAUUUCUCAUAAUAAAACUUUGAGCAGGUAAGCUUGCAGAAUAUUUUUGAUUUGGUAUGUCCUAAUCAAAAUUAUGGGAUUUAUUUCAGUACA